AGCGGCGGCAAGAUUUCGUUGGUGUUGGUGUUUUUGAGUUUCACUCCGCCUCCAUCGUCGCGGCCUCUCAGUCGUCUCAUUAUCCUUUGACAAGAAGGAAGUCUCCUCGUCGGCGGUCGAGCCGGUGGAGCUUGCAGGCGUCCAUAAGGACUUGAAGGGUACCUGGGUGCUUAUUUUGCACUCGUGCUGCGUUAUUCGUUGCCUGUGAAGAAACCUCUUGAGCGUCGUGACAGGCCCUUCAUCGUGACUUGAACUUGCUGUGUCUGAAUCAGAUAGUGUCAACAACAUGGCAGAUGAAUGGGACGAUUCGCCUGCUCCUUCUGGAGGUGCUGGACGAGGAUUUUCCAAUGGAUUUGGCGAUGAUGAUGCCUGGAGCCCUGGCGGUGGCGAUGGCGACUUUGGAGGUGGCCGCGGCGGCCGUGGGGGCCGCGGGGGCCGAGGAGGAUUCGGACGCCGUGACGAUGAUGGAGAAGGAGGCGGCUUCCGAGGAGGACGUGGGGGCCGCGGAGGACGCGGUGGUGGCCGGGGGGGCCGACGAGAGGACGGCGAAGAUGGAGGCGGCGGCUUCCGAGGACGCCGUCGUGACGAUGACGGCGACAACGGAGGAUUCCAGGACGCCGAUGGGGAAGGUGGUGAAAAUGGUGAGGGCGGGGAGGAGAAGCCAAAGCCUGUUACUUACAUACCACCAGAGAUUGAUGAUCCCGACGAAAUGUUUGCAAUGGGCAUAUCUUCUGGUAUCAACUUCAACAAGUACGACAAGAUUGCUGUCAAUGUUUCUGGGGAAAAUGCUCCUCCGCCUGUAGCUACAUUUGAAGCAGCCAAUCUUAGAGCCCUCCUGUUGGAAAAUGUGAAGAGGAGCGGGUAUGUGAAACCCACCCCUGUUCAGAAAUAUGCUUUACCAAUUGUAAUGGCUGGUAGAGAUUUAAUGGCAUCUGCACAAACCGGAUCAGGAAAAACUGGAGGGUUCUUGCUCCCUAUUCUCAAUAAGCUUCUUCAGGAGCCUGUGGAUUUAGUAACUGAUGGUGAUCAUACAGAACCUCAAGCUGUCAUUGUGAGCCCUACCAGGGAGCUUACAAAUCAAAUAUUUACAGAGGCCAAGAAAUUUGCUAGUGGUUCCGUUAUUAAAGUUUGUGUUGCGUAUGGAGGAGCUGCUGUAAGGCAUCAGGCUGACAAAGUUCGGGCUGGUUGCCAUGUUUUAGUUGCCACACCAGGCAGGUUAAUGGAUUUUGUGAACAGAGGAAGGAUAACAUUUUCCUCUAUCAGAUUUGUAGUGCUAGAUGAAGCUGACAGAAUGCUGGAUAUGGGAUUCCUUCCCGAAAUGGAGAAGAUGAUGAAGCACGAAACAAUGGUCCCUAAGGGUGAGAGGCAAACACUUAUGUUUUCGGCCACAUUCCCAGAGGAGGUACAAACUCUUGCAAGGCAAUUUCUGCAAGACUACAUAUUUUUGGCUGUGGGCCCUGUUGGUGGGGCCAACGAUGAUGUUACUCAAACCAUUUUGGAAGUGGACCGCAACAAAAAGAGGGAUACAUUGCUCGAAAUGUUGACCAGUGGAGAGCUGGAUAAAACCAUGAUUUUUGUGGAAACCAAAAGAAAUGCAGAUUUUCUUGCUGCUUUCUUGUCGGGUAAAGAUUUGCCCACUACAUCUAUCCAUGGUGAUAGAGAACAGAGAGAGCGCGAAGAGGCUCUAAGAGAUUUUACUCGAGGCUCAAUGAAAAUCCUUGUGGCAACAGCUGUAGCUGCGAGAGGACUUGAUAUCAAAGGAGUUGCUCAUGUCAUCAAUUAUGACAUGCCUAAAUCAGUGGAUGAAUUUGUCCAUAGAAUCGGAAGGACAGGACGAGUGGGGAAUACUGGCAGGGCUACUUCAUUUUACGAUGCUGCAAAUGACUCAGCCAUUGCUGGUGAUUUAGCCAAAAUUUUGAGAGACGCCAAUCAGGAAGUUCCUUCUUUCCUAGAAGGAUUCUCUGCUGCUGGUGGCUUUUCCGCAGGGACCAGUGACAUUCGUGGUGGUGGUGGAACCACACAUGUACUUGAGAAGGAGGAAGAAGAGUGGUAGGAUUGAGAUUUUAUCUGUGAUAUUUAGGCUUGUUUUAUAUAUUGACAUUAGCCUAGCAUAUCUGGAGACAUGUCUCGUGUGAGAUUUAUUUUGAUACUUUUCUGUUUUGUACUUUCUAAUUGACGAUUGGAAUAAAUGUUUUUGUUUGUAUUGAA